AUGUUGCACACGCAGGUAAUGAACCUCCUGGAGUGGGUAUCCACCAAAAUCAGGGGGACGAGCAACGAAAACAGAAUAUAUCUCAUUUCCAAUUUUGAAGUUAGAAAGGAAAACCAUGAGCUGUACAUAAAGAAAGCUCAAGAGAACCUCAAGGAAGAAGACCUCAACAUAGACCUAAUAUUUGGGAAAAAACACAGGAAUGAAAUAAGGACGGCAAAAUAUAAGCUCUAUACCUUCGUGCCACUAAUCGUGUUUUUUCAGUUCCUACGACUGGGAAAUCUAUACUUUCUGUCCAUCUCCAUGCUGCAACUUAUUCCCGAAAUUACAGACUCUAAAGGAAUGCCGACUUAUCUAAUCCCACUGGUAUUCAUUAUCGUCGUCGCCAUGAUAAAGGAGUUUUUUGAAGACCUACAAAGACAUAAAUCGGACAAUGAAGAAAAUAGUAAGAAGACGAUGGUUUUCCAAGACGGCAUUUUGAAGGAGAAAAAGUGGGCAGAGGUGAAAGAUGGAGAUGUGGUGAAAAUAUUCUCCUAUGAGUACUUCCCUGCUGAUUUAAUUAUCCUCAAUUCGUCCAACAAAAAAGGAAUCGUAAACAUUGAGACGAAGAAUGUCGAUGGAGAGUCAAACGUGAAGCAGAAGUAUUGUCUUCCCGAUGUCGUAAAAUACUUCCAGGACGAUAACCAUUCUGGGUACUGCCAAGCAGAAUUAAUAAGUGAAAGUCCCAAUGACAACAUUUUUGAUUACAAAGGGCAUAUGCUCUUACCUCCUCUUCAGUACAAAAAAGAUGGAGGAAAAGUAGUACAUUUUUAUGAUGCCUACACAGGGGGGAUCAUUUCUGGGGAGGAUCAAACUACAGGCGAAAGAAGCACAAAAACAGAGAGAAAAAAGAAUAAUAAUUAUACCUAUCAUAGAGAUGAAGACAAUAAGGGAGGAAUCCCCCCUGGAUCGAAUGACAAAGAGGGAAGUGAUUCUCAUUCCUUCACUGGAGGUCACACCAAUAAUGAUCAUCUCUGUACAGAACGCACCGCUGUCCAGGUCACCAUCGACAAUGUAGUCCUUAGAGGAACAUCCCUUGUAAACACCAAAUGGAUCUACGGACUUGUUAUCAGCACAGGAAAUAGAACCAAGCUGAUGAUGAAUGCCUCCACAAAAUCAAGAGAGAAAUGGUCUCGACUAGAAUUCGUCUAUGGCAACCAUGUGAUCGUUCUGAUAAUAUGCCAAAUGUUAAUUUCAUUCAUCGUCGCUAUCGCUGGCGUUUUAUGGAUGAGGAGAAAGGGUUACAACUUAUGGUACUUAAAUUUAGGUCAUCAGGCAGAUAGCCUCAAGACGUUUUUUAUUACCAUUGGGUCAAUGAUUCUUCUCUUUGGAUCAUUCAUUCCAGUGGAUUUACUGCUCAUUUGGGAGGUCGUCCGACUUUUACAGGGAUAUUUAAUAAACUGGGACAAAGAUAUGUACAGCCCCAAAAGUGGGAGGCAUGCCUUAAGCAAAGCGGGACAGCUUCUUGAAGAAAUGGGGAACGUCACGCACAUUUAUUCAGACAAGACUGGCACGCUGACGCAGAACAUUAUGCAGCUGCAGAAUAUCGGGCUGGGAAGCAAAGGCAUCUAUGGCUUCUACGAUUUUAGCAACAUUAAGGAGAACAUCAUAAGGAGGCGCGGCGCGGGCAGUCAGGGCAGUUCGGACCCCUUUUCGGUUGACGGCGGAGUGGACAAACUUAGCCGAAUGGACAGACGUGGCGGGGAGGAACUACCCACCAGGGACAGCGCCAACCCAAGCAUCAGCUCGGAGAACGGCAGCGGGGAGUCGUUCCAACUUCCCCCCAUGACGUGGUCCAAGACCUCCGUCAACCUACACAAGGAGAAAAGGAGCCUCAUGCACAGGAACAGCCUCACCAGCGAGAACGCGGCCGCGGGUGUCUACACGGAGGAAGACUUUCAAAGAGGCGAAAACGAGUUUGUUUUCUUCAACAGAAUUCUCUUCGUCAACAAAAUCUACAGCAUCAGGAAGGACGUGGAGGACCAGGUGCAGUUCCUCCUGCUCGUGCUCAGCCUCUGCCACAGCGCGAUGAUAAGGAAUGUGGACAUCGACGAGAUGGGCGAGGUAGGGGGACCGGCGAACGAGGCAGCUGAAGGGGCAGCUGAAGGGGCAGCUGAAGGGGCAGCUGAAGGGGGAGCUGAAGGGGCUGCUGAAAGGGCUGCGUAUUCGGCGGGAGACAACUCGGAGAAGACCAAAAUAUUCGACCGGGAAACCAUGAUGAAUUACACGUACCUGACGCAGCCGCAGCCGCAGUACGAUGCUAGCUCGCCGGAUGAGCUGGCCCUCAUCAGCACGGCGCUCUACCUGGGCUGCGAAUUCGUGAAUAGACCCAACCUGACGACGAUCGAAAUUGAGCUGACGUCCACGUUCGCGCAGAGGUUCAUCCUGGGGGAGAAGGCGUACAACGAUUUUCUGCAGAAGAAGGGUUACUAUGAAGACAACUUUGAUGCGUUCUUCCCGGAGGUUAACUCGCCCAGGGAAAGAAGGAGAGAGACCAAGUUGAAUGAUGCCACUGAGGAGGGGAGCGGAAACGGGGGGAGUGCCAACCGGGGGACUCACGUAGAGCAGGGUGCCUGCAACCUCCAUAUGUCCAUCCCGAUCAAGAAAGUUUUCUCGGCGAACAGAGGCAGCCAUAAGGAGGUCAAACGGGAGGGGAAAAAUAUUGAGGCGACCAAAACCCACCGAGUGGUUGUCCCCAUACUGGCCUACGAAAUACUAGACGUCUUCGCCUUCGACAAUGUGAGGAAGCGCAUGUCCCUAAUCGUAAAAAAUGAGAAGAAAGAAAUCUACAUGCUAGUCAAGGGAGCGGACACCAAUGUGUUGAAGUUAGCGGCAAAGAAUCAGGAGCAUAUAGUAGACCACGUGAUGUACCAGCUGAAUGCAUUUGCUACCUCUGGGUUAAGAACCCUCGUGUUGGGAUAUAAACAUCUGACGGAGGAGGAAUUUAAGAAAAUGUAUCAGCACCAUAUGGAGACGAGAAGAACGUCGGAGAUGCGAAAAGACGAUGGAGCAUGUUUGGGAAAGUUCUACGACGAAGCGGAGGAUAAUUUGAUUAUUAUUGGCUGCACCGGGAUUGACGACAAAUUGCAGGAAGACGUUCCGCAGGUGAUACAGGACCUACGAGACGCUGGAAUGACCAUCUGUGUACUCACGGGAGAUAAAUUAGAGACGGCCAUAAACAUCGGACAUUCAAUAAACAUAUUAAAUAAAGAAACUUACAACGCAGUGUUCACCGAAACGGAUCCUACGGUCUUGUUAGAACAAAUGAAUAUUCAUGAGAAGAACACAAAUGCAGCCAACCUGCUCAAUGUUGACCACGGAACCAAGUGGUGGAAUAGCGUCAACUGGGAAAACUUAAACUUAGAUCUACGAUCCGAAACCAUCUUAAAUUUUAUGAAAACGAAUUUUUACGGAUCCAUCAAGAAGAGCGUCAUCUCGUCAUCGGACAUGGACAAUUUGAAGAAGGAAAAUUCUUUCCCAGAACUAGCCAAGCAGGAGAAGAUCUUUAACUCGUUCCUUGAGUCCAGUGAAUCGUUUCCUAGCAAUCGCAGCCAUGUGGAAAAGACCAAAGGGGGGGAGAAGCAGGAGAGGAAGAAGCAGGAUGAGGAGAAGCAGGAUAAGGAGAAACAGAAGGAGAGGGAGAAGGUCCACUACUCACAGUUCUCUAUAACCAUCACGGGAGAAGCACUGGACGAAAUCAUGAAGAGCAAAAUUUUAAAAAUAAAAUUCUACACCUUAGCUAGAAGUGCAUCUACACUCAUUGCUUGUAGAGUGACUCCAAAACAGAAGUCCCUGUUGGUGAAAGAGAAUUCUGCCUUCAAUCCCAGGGGCACCUCAUUAGCCAUUGGAGAUGGGGCAAAUGAUGUGGGGAUGAUUCUUAUGGCCAAUGUGGGCGUCGGAAUAGCUGGUAAGGAGGGGUUACAAGCAGCCAGGUCGUCAGACUUUACCAUAAGCGAAUUUAAGUACUUAAAAAAAUUACUCUUCGUUCAUGGAAGGGAAUCUCUCAGGAGGAAUUCCUUCUUAGUCUACUUUUGCAUUUUUCGAAACGUCAGUUUUUGUCUCUGCUCGAUGGUUUUGAAUUUCUGGACAGGUUACAGUGCCAUCGAUGCGUGGAACCCCUGGACCAAGCAAAUCAUAAACAUCGCUUUUACUACCCUCCCUGUUAUCUUCUUUGUUGCCCUGGAUAAGCAGCUCCCUCAUCGAAUCCUCCUGAAAAAUCCCCUCCUAUACGAGACCUCUCCAUCUACAUUAUGGCCCCUCUACUCCAAUAAGAAGAUCGAAUUUUAUACCAACAAGAUAAAGCGGGUUUAUAGAAACAUUUUCCAAUUUUGUCUCAUCCCGUUUAGAUUGAUUCCUUUUUUUCAAAAAUCGACGAAUAAAAUGAAGUCCUGGAUUGGAAAACGAUCCAAACCGGAGAAAUAUAGAUCCUACGGCACUCAUUACCUUUUCGUUUAUUUGCUCUUUGCCAUUUGGCUAGCCUCCGUGGAAACAGUCAUUAUGCUUCACUUUGCCACUGGUCAGACGGACUCAAUAAUCAAGGACCACCACAAUGUAGACAUCGAUUUCCAUACAUUCUCGCAGAUUCUCUACACACACCACGUCAUAGCAGUCAAUGCAGUCGUCGUCCUUUUAACCAACACAUGGUUCGUCAUUUCUCACAUUGUCCUGUGGAUAGAAGUUAUCGCCACGUUCUUUUUCUGGUUUAUCGUGAGUAACACGAAACUCUUUUUAGAUAUCAUAGGGGCUGAUGAAUUGUAUGGCACAUUUGAAAAGGCGCACUCCUCAGGCAACUUCUACCUGUCGCUGAUCGUCUCCCUGUAUGUUUCUCUCCUUCCUUUAAUUCUCCUUAUGACAUACCAGUUCAUGAAGAAACCCACCAUGGAGCAAAUUGUCCUGGAGCAACUGAAGCUGGGCAAAUUUGAAGGUCUCCGGAAAUACGAAGUUAAGAAGCUCGCCUACAUUGACAGCAAGAACAGCUCCCAUGUCUUUUCGCACAAGGGAUUUGCCUUCGCCGUCGAGGCCAAGGAGGCCUUCUGGGGCCUCGUGCAGAAGGCCAUUUACAAAAUUAAGAUUCCGCUCGCCAAGGACGAGGCGAGCUCGGCCAAGCCCAGGCGGAAAAAUUGA